AUGACUAUUACUGGCCCAACAUGGUUAGCAUCGUGGCGGAAUACGCUAAGACGUGCCCUCAAUGCCAACAUAAAAAACACUCCAGGUUAUUGCCUCGCCUCCAUCGGCAUCGAUUUUGUUAGCGGUAUGAAGAAAGUACAUCACUAUGAUUCGGUAUUCGUGGUAACGGACCGACUCAUCAAAAUGGCAAAGUUCAUACCAACAAAGAAAACUUUGGAUGCAAGCGAAUGCGCGGAUCUACUAAUCAACCACAUCAUUUGUAACCAUGGCAUUCCGGAGGAAAUAGUUUCUGACCGUGAUAAGUUGUUUACAGGCAAAAUAUGGGACCGUCUCAGACAAAGACUUCGAAUCCAACUCAAAUUCACCACCUCAUACAACCCAGCGUCCAAUGGCCAAACGGAGAGGACCAACGACACCAUGCGAAAAAUUAUUGCUAGUUACACUAACGACCACGCCGACGACUUACCAAUGUACUGUGCAGUGGCCGCAUUUGCUUACAAUAACAUGUACCAGGGUAGCAUUAAGACCACUCCAUUUUUCGCUAACUACGGCUUCCACCCACGGUUACCAGGCUUUACAAACAGAAUCCUCCAACACCACAACAACAACGAAGAGGAACACACAGACAGCACACUCCAAUCGGACCUUGAUUACCACCUACAAGCGUUACAGAACAUCAUGAUAUCCAUCCAAACCAACAUGGCAGAUGCCCAAGAUCGUCAAUCUAUCGACUUUAACAAGCACCAUCGCCCUGUUGAUAUUAAGGUGGGAGAUCGAGUUCUCAUACACAAAGAUGCGUACAACAACCAGACGUACACGAAGUUCCAUCACCUCAGGACAAAUAAACGUACCGUCUCAAUCGUCGAAUCAACACAUUCCACGUUCGACGUCUCAAGUUGCUCUACGAAAGAGUCAAUGCCCCUAAUGUGCCUCCAGAAUCUUACCAACACAAGUUACAUCUCAUCGAGUCUGUUGUUCGUACCUUUGCAAACCGCACCUGUGAAGUUCGCUGUUCUAAUGCCAAAAUUUGGGACACCAGUAUUUUGCCCAUAG